UCUGUGUCUCGGUCUGGCACGGCUCCUACUGUCUACUCGGAGGCUAUGCAUAGGGUCAUCAUUGUUCUACGCUGCGCCUGCUCGAAACGAUCGUUUAAUCAUUUGAAGGAUCCUUGGUACUUCAGGGAAGUCGAGCUUCUACGACCUGGAACACAGCUUCCGGCUCCUCAGACUAGUCAACGUGAUCUCUUGAUCCUACACGAAGCAUUCAUUCCUCGGUUUACCGCAUACUUUGAGGUCGGCAUUCUAAUCUGA